AUGGUGUGCAAAAAGUGCGAAAAGACGCUCUCCAAGAGCUCAGCGCCCGAUCCUUUCCGUAAUCGCAACGCCGCCGGCUUCCUCGUCGCGUCGGGGUCGGGUGCCGCGAAAGCUCCGGCCGCGGGGCCAACGCUCGCCGCCUCGUCGUCGGGAGGACGCCAGAUUGGGCAAAACAAGCUCCUCUCCAAGGCGAACCGCUUCAGCCCGACGGCGAGCAAGUGCAAACUCUGCAAAGGCUCCGUCACCCUCGACAGGGCUACCUACUGCCAAGGCUGCGCGUACAAGAAGGGCCUCUGCGCCAUCUGUGGCAAGCAGAUCCUCGAUACCACUCGCUUCAAGCAGUCGUCAGCUUGA